AUGGCCUCUACUGAAGUCGCCGAUCCGGAACUCGUCCGCCCUAUGAGCGGUAACCUGGGCAAGAAGUCCUUCCAGGAGGUCGAGCGCACCAUCACCAACGAGAAGGCCGACCACCAGCGCCUCGAAAACGUCGACAAUGAGCUGUCCAAGUACGUUGGCGAUGGCUCCAUCGCCGUGUCCAGGGAGCGCAGCGACCAAUUGCGCAAAUUGAUUGACAGGCGCGUCUUGGUCAUCAUGAUUGGCACCUACUUCCUCCAAGCCAUCGAUAAGGGCACCAUGUCCUUCGCCUCCAUCAUGGGUCUCCAGGAGGACACCAAGCUCCAGGGUCAAGAGUUCUCCUGGCUCACCACCUGUAUCUACAUCGCCAUCUUGGUCGUCGAAUAUCCUCAGAACUAUAUCAUCGCCCGUGUUCCCAUCGCAAAGUACCUCAGCUUCUCUAUCAUCGCGUGGGGUUCCGUUCUCGCCUGCCAUGCCGCCUGCACCGACUUUAAGGGUCUCGUCGUCGUCCGCACUCUCCUCGGUAUCUUCGAGUCCGCUUGCCAGCCCGCCUUUGUCAUCCUCUCCUCCAUGUGGUACCGCCGCGAUGAGCAGGCUUCCCGUGUCACCUACUGGUACAUGAUGAACGGUGCCCAGCAGGUCGUCGGUGGUCUCCUCGCCUACUGCUUCACCCACAUCAAGACCGGUCCUCUCAAGUCCUGGCAGUGGCUGUUCCUGGCCUACGGCGUCAUCUCCGUCCUCUUCGGUGUCUUUGUCCUCUUUUGGAUGCCCGACUCGCCCAUGCGUGCCAAGUGCUACUCCGAGGAGGUCAAGAGGGAGAUGGUUGAGCGUGUCCGUGACAACCAGACCGGUAUCCAGAACAAGACCUUCAAGCGCGAGCAGGCGAUCGAGGCCCUGAAGGAUCCCCAGGUCUGGGGCUACUCUCUCAUUGCGCUCUGCACCACUCUGCCCACCUCUGGUCUCGGAGCCUUUGCCAACAUCAUCAUCAAGAGCUUCGGAUUUAACACUCUUCAAGUCCAGCUCUUGGCCAUGGUUCUCGGUUUCUACAUCAUCUUUGUCCUUCUCGGCUCCGUCUGGCUCGUCAAGAAGUUUAACCAGAAUCUUUACGUCAUGCUUGGCUUCUGUGUUCCCUCCGUCAUCGGCACCGUCCUCCUCAUGACCGUCCCUAACAACACCUUCUCCCAGCGCGUCGGCCUUCUCAUCUGCUACUACAUCACCCUCUCCUUCUGGUCAGCCCAGACUCUCGCGCUGUCCCUCAUCUCCCGAAACGUCGCCGGCCAGACCAAGAAGCAGUUCGCCGUCGCCAUCAACUUCAUCGUCUGGGCCGCCGGGAACGCCAUCGGCCCCCAGGUUUUCCUCAAGUGGGACGGGCCGCGCUACUUCAUCGCUUUCGCCACCCACCUGGGCUGCUACGCGCUGCUCAUCAUCGUCAUCAUCUGCCUGCGCAUAUACCUUUCCCGUGAAAACAGGAAGAGGGAUCAGAUGGUUGCUGCUGGUAUCGCCGAGGCCUCGCCCGACUACACUGCCCACGCUUUUGAGGACCAGACCGAUAAGGAGAAUCUGUCCUUCCGUUAUGUGUUCUAA